CGCACUGCAGGGUAAACGCAACGUUCCAUUGGACACGAAGGUACUUACUAAAUAAUGCCUAACACUGUCGGUGUGAUCAAGGCGGAAACAAAUUAAACUAAGACCCAUGCAGUAUUUAUUUUUAGGGAUUUUAAAAUGUAAUUGUAUUCCUGGACUUUUCACAAGUACCACGAUAUGCGUUGUAUAUGGUUGCCAGUGUAAAGAGAGUAAUGCUACUUUCAGAAUAGUUUUUUCUUUCAGAAUCAGAAGUGGUUACAGAACCUCUGUUACUAAGUGACACCCAAACCUGCUUGGCAGGCCUUGCUGUUAUUAUGAAAGGAGAAGCGGAGUCCCUAGUUAUGAAAGGGUGACGGGAAGUGUCCUUUUUCUGAAGCUGGAGACAUUAUUAGGUGUCGCCUUUUGCCCAAUCUCAUAAGGCUCAAGACUACUAAAGAGAAGUUAACAUCGUUUUUGAAUAUCUUUUAGCCGGUAAUCCCAUCCGCGACAUGCACGCACACAGGGAGAUGAACAGUGAUUACCCCACAGGUGGGCAAAGCCCCGGUGAAAAAGAGACGGAACCACCACCGGCAAACGCUGCAAUCGACAUGUAUCAUCAAAGUCCUGCGGCGUCACGACUGUCAAGUAGUCUACUGACGCUGCCUAAAGAGUUACCGGCAUUCUGUGCGUCCAACCACGGCAUGCUCGUGAUGAACCCGGGGUUGCUGAAUUCACGGGCCGGUUCUCCUGAUUAUUCGGAGACAUGCAUCGAUAAUCUUAACAAUAAACGGAAGAAACAUGCGAUCCAAACAAGGCAGGAACGCUUCGCAGGUUCCGGAACCGUCUGUUCAAUGGGCAGUGGUGCCAGUAGACUCUACAGCUCCCUGGCCCAGACACUAGUCAGCACCAGCACCACUACCACCCCCCUGGCCCAGACCCUAGUCAGCACCAGCACCACUACCACCCCCCUGGCCCAGACCCUAGUCAGCACCAGCACCACUACCACCCCCCUGGCCCAGACCCUAGUCAGCACCAGCACCACUACCACCCCCCUGGCCCAGACCCUAGUCAGCACCAGCACCACUACCACCCUGCUGGCCCAUCACCAGGACCCCCAGCACCCCUCCCCCUCACAGGGGUGUCACUCUCCCCCGGGGGGGCACCCCCUGGAGCUGCUGAGGGAGUGUGAGGAGGCUCUACGGGACAGGCCUCCUCGCCUCCUUAGAGCCUUCAUCUGCCCCGGGGAGGGAGAGGUGGACAGGGAGGAAGUGGACAACGAUGCCACCCAGAGGACCAUCAGAGUUAUGCAGUGGAACAUACUGGCUCAAGCUCUAGGUGAAGGUAUGGACAGUUUCGUCAACUGUCCCCUGGAAGCCCUGAACUGGGCGGAGCGUAAAUACCUCAUCCUAGAAGAGAUCCUCACCUACCGACCUCACAUCCUGUGUCUACAGGAAGUCGACCACUACUACGACACCUUCCAGCCAAUCCUGGCCAGCCUGGGUUACCGCGGCAACUUCUGCCCCAAGCCCUGGUCUCCGUGUUUGGAUGUGGAGGGCAACAACGGUCCGGAUGGAUGUGCUCUGUUCUACGAUGAAGCCCGGUUGGACUUGGUGGAUAGUGUGAAUGUCCGGCUGUGUGCCCUUUUCACACCCACCAACCAGGUGGCGGUCGUCACGACGCUACGUUGCAGGGUGACAGGCCGGCGGCUGUGUGUUGCCGUGACGCACCUCAAAGCCCGGAGCGGCUGGGAAUGCCUCCGUAGUGCCCAGGGUUCCGACCUUCUCCGGAACCUCGCCACCCUCACCCAAUCACCGGGGGGUCCUUCGGAUCCCAUCGGCGUCGCCCCAGACACCCCUCUCCUCGUCUGCGGCGACUUCAACGCUGUGCCUUCCGAGGAUGUCUACCAGCGUUUCGCCUCGUCACCGUUGAUCCUUGACUCCGCCUAUAAACAGUUAAGCCGGGACGGGCUUUCAGAACCGGCCUACACCACGUGGAAGAUCCGGCCGACGGGAGAGUGUUGCACCACAUUGGAUUAUAUCUGGUACUCUAGAGAAGCUUUCAGUGUGGACGCCGUAUUGGAUAUGCCUACAGAGGAACAGAUUGGCCCCAACAGGCUUCCGUCUUACAGCUACCCCUCCGAUCACCUCUCGCUGGUGUGUGACUUCAGCUUUAAAAAGCAGCAGGAGGAGUGAAGAGGAUCACAUGGACACUUGAUUGACAAUUCGAGGGAUGGAGGGAACAGAACGAGAUAUGGAGGGGACAGAAGUGCCACUGUCCCUCCGAGUCCGAACCCAUCUCUCUGGGGUAUGAUGACUGGAGAACAGGAGGAGGGAAGUAGGGAGGAGACAACCCGCUUGGUGUGAGCUUACUUUUCAGAAGUCAUGUUAUCGAUUUUAAACACUCAAUGAAGGAGAGACCGAGAGGAAUGGACUGGACAGACUGCUGACACUAGGCUCUAUGGUUCCUGUCUACAGUAGAGGUGCUGUUGUUGUACCUCUGACACUGUGAUGAUUGGACUGGACAGACUGCUGAAACUAGGCUCUAUGGUUCCUGUCUACAGUAGAGGUGCUGUUGUUGUACCUCUGACACUGAUGAUUGCACCCUACCUGCUACUAUUCAACUCUACUUGUCCUGGGCUGCUUCAGUUCAAGGGGUUAGCCGGCUAACUAGGAGUUAACUUGCCUAAAUAUUACAGUGCAUUUUGGGAAGUAUUCAGACACCUUGACUAUUUUCUAAAUGUGGUUACAUUAGUCUUAUUCUAAAAUUUAUUAAAUUAAUGUUUUUCAUCAAUCUUCACAAUACACCACAAUGGACAAAGCAAAAACAGUUUUUUUUAGCAAUACUUUGCUAUGGGCCUUGAAAUUGAACUCAGGUGCAUCCUGUUUCCAUUGAUCAUCCUUGAUGUUUCUACAACUUGAUUGGAAUCCACCUGUGGUAAAUUCAAUUGAUUGGACAUGAUUUGGAAAGGCACACACCUGUCUCUAUAAAGGUCCCGCAGUUGACAGUGCAUGACAAUGGAAUUGUCCGUAGAGCUCCGAGACAGGGUUGUGUCGUGGUUCAGAUCUGGGGAAGGGGGGUACCAAAACAUUUCUGCACUAUUGAAGGUCCCCAAGUAAACAGUGGCCUCCAUCAUUCUUAAAUGGAAGAAGUUUGGAACCACCAAGACUCUUCCCAGAACUGGCUGCCCGGCCAAACUGAGCAAUCGGGGGAGAAGUGCCUUGGUCAGGGAGGUGACCAAGAACCUGAUGGUCACUCUGACAGAGCUCCUCUGUGGAGAUGGGAGAACCUUCCAGAAGGACAAUCAUCUCUGCAGCACUCCACCAAUCAGGCCUUUAUGGUAGAGUGACCAGGUGGAAGCCACUCCUCAGUAAAAGGCACAGCCCGUUUGCCUAAAGGACUCUAACCAUGAUAACCAAGAUUGAACUCUUUGGCAUGAAUGCCAAGUGUCAUGUCUGGAGGAAACCUGACACCAUCCCUAUGGUAAAGCAUGGUGGUGGCAGCAUCACGCUGUGGGGAUGUUUCCCAGUGGCAGGGACUGGGAGUCAGGAUGGAGUCAAAGAUUAACAGAAAGUACAGACUGAUCCUUGAUGAACCUGCUCCAGAGCACACAGGACCUCAGACUGGGGGCGAAGGUUCACCUUCCAACACGACAACGCAGGAGUUGCUUCGGGACAAGUCUCUGUCCUUGAGUGGUCCGGCCAGAGCCCGGACUUGAACCUGAUCGGACAUCUUUGGAAAGACCUGAAAAUAUCUGUGCAGCGACGCUCCCCAUCCAACCUGAGAGCUUGAAAGGAACUUCCCAAAUACAGCUGUGACCAGCUUGUAGUGUCAUACUCAAGAACACUUGAGGCUGUAUACUUAUGGAAAUGUUUUAGCUUUGUCAUUACGAGGUAUUGUGGGUGUAGAUUGAUGAAAAAUUAUUACAUUCUAAAAGGAAUCUGUAACAAAAUGUGGGGAAAGUAAAGGUCUGAAUACGUGUUAAACAUGUUCAUCAGCACAGCAUUUCCUCAACUGCAGAGGGGGAUCUUGCUCUUACUGUGUGUGUGUGUUUGUCAUUUUCUGGUCUAAUACUGGUCAGGUGUGUCAUUAAUGCCUACUGAUACUUGUGCCAUGUCCAGUACAAAAACGUUAUUGAACAUAGAAAUACCACUAAAUAGAGCCAAUGUGAUUCCUUACUGUAUACGUCAGAGAUGAGCGUUUGUUCUAAAUAGCAUAUUUCUAUCUGAACGUACCCCUAAGGUACAUGUAAUUUGUAAUAUAAACAAACUUCCAGUAGUGUGUCUCUACAUUGUAUGGGCGGCCCCAGUAGGAAACUAAACCAUAUCCCUGGCAUGGUGCCACAUACUACCAACUGACCCAGUUAUUUCCAGUCCAUGAGCAUCAGUCCCAGGACAGUAGUUUAUAUUCAAACUAUGUGCAAUAAAAUAAUCUGCCCUUCUUUUCUGCCUCUGUGGUGUUCUACACAUGAUAAAUCACUUCCUACCUCACCAGUUGAAAUGCCAUCCAAUGUCCCCUGGUGGUAAGCUGUGGAACUACAGUUAUCACCAGCAUGUGAAAUGUGGACAUUAACUACGACAGUGACGUCUGCUGUGUGUUCCUGAUGGGGAUGGAACCUAGAACCCUGAUUAAAUGGUUCCGGAGCUACUAAACUUCUGUACUCCGUCUACACACAUUGAAUUACAACUAAGUCCAUUGCAGUCACUCUACACCAACCAGCUGAGCGAUUGAAACCAGUCUGUUGCCUCCCGUUCAACUGGUUCUGGUUAAACCCUGAAUGGGACUGGUUCGAAACAAUCCCUGCAACCAAAGGGUUACUAGUUGUCGUCAGCUACGUUGUAUUUCACUGCAUGUUGGUUGGAACAGGUCCCAGAGAGAAGGGUUCCCGGUGGUGUGUGGAUCACCUCUCUAACACGGCCCAUGUUGGUUGGAACAGGUCCCAGAGAGAAGGGUUCCCGGUGGUGUGGAUCACCUCUCUAACACGGCCCAUGUCGGUUGGAACAGGUCCCAGAGAGAAGGGUUCCCGAUGGUGUGUGGAUCACCUCUCUAACACGGCCCAUGUCGGUUGGAACAGGUCCCAGAGAGAAGGGUUCCCGAUGGUGUGUGGAUCACCUCUCUAACACGGCCCAUGUCGGUUGGAACAGGUCCCAGAGAGAAGGGUUCCCGAUGGUGUGUGGAUCACCUCUCUAACACGGCCCAUGUCGGUUGGAACAGGUCCCAGAGAGAAGGGUUCCCGAUGGUGUGUGGAUCACCUCUCUAACACGGCCCAUGUCGGUUGGAACAGGUCCCAGAGAGAAGGGUUCCCGAUGGUGUGUGGAUCACCUCUAACAUGGCCCAUGUCUGAGCGAACAACAGGUGUGUGGAUCACCUCUCUAACACGGCCCAUGUCUGAGCCAACAACAGCAUUUACCACAAAUGCAGAAACGUCACCUUUGGAAAAGCAUAAUUUAAUUUAAACAAAAGACAAAACAGAAAGUUGUUUAAUUCAAAUGUUAUUUUUUUUAUAUUUCAGUAAAAUCUACUUGAAUACACUUUGAAACAAGAGUACAACAAAAUAGAAUAUACUUCAAAUGUUGAAUAUACAAAGUAGUUCAGUCCGAACAGCUUUCUCCCUCUUCAUACGACUAAGAAAAGCAGAAACUGCUAAAGGAAAGGGAGGGGGCGGAGCCAAGAUGGCUGACGAG